AUGCACAAACAUUAUAAAUCUGUGAACCCCACCGAUGACAUCAGUGUGAAGGCUGAAAAUGGACCUCGACCUAAGAAAUAUCGCUACGUAACUAAAGAAGGCAACUGUAACGUCGUGUUCCGCCAUGUUCCUGAGGAGUGGUUGCUGUUUGUGACCGACAUCUUCACCACAUUGGUUGAAAUAAGAUGGAGGGUGAUGUUCCUGAUCUUUGCCCUCUCUUACAUCCUGUCUUGGCUCUUCUUUGGCAUCCUCUUCUGGGUCAUCGCUCUUGCUCAUGGUGACGUGAAAGACGACACAAACGACCCCUGUGUGUACGAGGUGCGCAGUUUCACAGCUGCUUUCCUCUUCUCACUCGAAACUCAAACCACCAUCGGCUACGGCUUCAGAGGAAUGUCUGAGAACUGCCUGAUUGCCAUCAUCCUCGUCACUAUACAAGAUGUCAUCAGCUGCUUCAUCGACACCUUUGUCAUCGGCAUUGUUGUCGCCAAAAUGGCCUCGGCCAGAAAGAGAGCACAAACGGUGGGCUUCAGCAACUGCGCAGUCAUCAAUCUUCGCAAUGGUUACCUGUGUCUUUCCUGGCGAGUCGGCGACUUCCGCAGGCACCACCUGGUGGAGGGGACAGCUUGCGCUCAGAUAGUCCGCUCCAUAGUGCAUGCCACAGGGAAAGUGGAUGUGAUCUACGAAGACCUUGUCAUCCAGCAGAGGGACAUCACCCUGGUCACACCCACCACCAUCUUCCACAGGAUUGAACCCGGCAGCCCGCUGUACAAGAUGAAUUUGGUAGAUCUGCGUAAAGCAGACUUUGAGCUGGUGGUUUCAUUUACCUACACGGAUGAUUCCACAGGUAUGCUGCAUCAGACCCGCACCUCGUACAGUUCAGCUGAAAUCCUCUGGGGUCAGCUCUUCCAAGAGAUGAUCAGGGUCAGCAGGAGGUACUACAGGGUGGAUUACGCCUUGUUCAAUCACACUGCUAAGGUGCUGGUGCCUGAGGUCAGCGCUGAGGAGUACGAACAUAAGAAACAGCUGCGGCCCUCUCCCAGACAUUCCCCACGACAUACACCCAGAUCUUCCCCAAAGUCCUCUCCAAGGUCACAACGGCAAAAUCAUCAAGAAAAACUUCUGAAACCUCCAACAGUAACAGUGGAACUUGUGAGUGACAGCCACCCUGAACCGACUGUUUCAACAUCUCAGGCAGAGAGUCAACAUCAGCACACUCUGACUCUGCCAAAUGACCUCACGGGUACAGAGGUAUAA